AGUUACAAAAUACGAAGUUCUGUUCUCCUUUCGUUCUCUUCUUUCUUUUGACUUUGCAGGGGCAGGGCCUUUCUCGCUGGGCGAGCGCAUCCGAUUCUAAAGUCCUUUCCUAAACUAAACCACUUCCCGUUCAGUUGCUGAAAGAUAGAUGCUUAUAAGGUUUCUAAAUGAGAUUGAGUUCCACGGAUAUGCAGGAUAGAAAGAUGCUAUUUGCUGCUAUUCCAUCUAUUUGUGCAUCAAGUUCGAAGAAGAUCUCAAUCUAUAAUGAAGAAAUGAUAGUAGCUCGUCGUUUUAUAGGCUUUAUCAUAUUCAGUCGGAAGAGUUUAGGUAAGACUUUAAAAGUGACUCUCGACGGGAGAAUCCAGGCUAUUCAGGAAGAAUCGCAGCAAUUCCCCAAUCCUAACGAAGUAGUUCCUCCGGAAUCCAAUGAACAACAACGAUUACUUAGGAUCAGCUUGCGAAUUUGUGGCACCGUAGUAGAAUCAUUACCAACGGCACGCUGUGCGCCUAAGUGCGAAAAGACAGUGCAAGCUUUGUUAUGCCGAAACCUAAAUGUUAAGUCAGCAACACUUCCAAAUGCCACUUCUUCCCGUCGCAUCCGUCUUCAGGACGAUAUAGUCACAGGUUUUCACUUCUCAGUGAGUGAAAGAUUUGUCCCCGGGUGUACGUUGAAAGCUUCUAUCGUAGAACUAAUUCGAGAGGGCUUGGUGGUCUUAAGAAUGGUUCGGGUGGGGGGUUCUCUUAAGAAUAAAGAAGACGAAUAGAAUCUAAUUCAUGUUCAUGCUAACAGAAGAGCGGAUCCAAUACCAAGACGACUUCUUUCUCAGGAAGUGCAGCAAGUACUUGAGGAAUUGGGGGAUGUCAUGCCCCACGAGUUAGUUGCCAAGUGCCCCCUAGGAGGGCAGUCUACCACAAGAUCGAGUUGGAGCCUGGAGCCAAACCCCCUGCAUUGGCUGGGUUUUGCAGAUGGCCCCAGCAAAGAAUCAACUCCAUGAGCGCCCUAGCUGAUUGUAAAUCAGGGCGCAGGAGAUGAAAUCCGGCCUUACUCGUUUAGGGCGACCCCCCCUUUACUAAACCAAAUAAGGGCGCUAGCUUUAGCUAGCGCGCCCAGCAAGCGGAGGGUGGUCGUAGAUCACAAGCAAUCCUUCCGCGCACGUUAGCACGCGCCUGAGCGCUAGCUGAUCGUAGACCAAGUGCUUGGUUGCAUGGGGCGCGUUAGCACACGCAGUAGUUUGAUUGCUGCUAGCGCGGCGCGUUAGCACACGCAGUAGUUUUCUUGCUCCAGAGCCCCUACUCGAGUAAGGCGCGCGAAGACGUUGCGCGUUAGCACGCGCAUCCGUCUUCUUGCUAGGUGGGAAUAGUUCAAGAAAGAGAAGGGGAAGAA